ACAAUGUUUUCCAAGCACAAUAUUGAUAGUUUGCAUUCAUCAAUCAGACUGUAUUUGACUUUCAAUUCUCAAUAAUAUUCACUGAAUUCAAGUAGUUAAAAUAGAUCUACAUAUCAAAAACUAUUUCUUCACAGUGUUUAAAUCGUCAGUAAAUAUUUUUUUGUAAUCAAAAUAAUUUGAAUCAAACAUAAAAAAAAAUAAUAAUUCUUCAGUUAUGACAGAAAUUCAGGAGUUUUACAAUGGUCAAAGUGUAUUUAUCACUGGCGGAACAGGAUUUUUCGGGAAAAUUCUUAUCGAAAAACUCCUUCGUUCAUGUUCAAAGAUAAAAGUAAUUUAUAUUUUAAUUCGUCCAAAAAAAGGAAAAACAAUUCACGAUCGAAUGAGUGAAAUAAUAAAUUUACAGAUGUUUGAACCUUUAAAACAAAUAGAACCCAUGUUUGAGAGAAAAAUUGUACCACUAGCUGGCGAUAUAAUAGAACCUAAUUUUGGUCUGGCGUCUGAAGAUUUAGAGUUAAUUAAGAAAGAGGUUUCAAUCAUAUUUCAUGCAGCAGCAACUACAAGAUUUGACGAGAAAUUGAAAAUUGCACUGAAAAUAAAUGUGGAUAGUGUGAAAACUAUGAUUGACAUUUGCAAAGAAUGCAAAAAUUUAAAGUCUUUUGUAUACGUAUCAACAGCAUUUAGUAAUUGCAUUUAUGAGCAUGUAGAAGAAAAAGUAUAUCCAGGGCCAUUAUCACAUGAAAAACUAGCUGAACUUGUUGGUGUCAUGGACCAAUUAAAUAUGCCCAAAAAAGAAGAAAUCAAAUUCACAAAAUUGGUGAUUGGCAAAUUUCCUAAUACAUAUUGUUUUACAAAAUCAAUAGCAGAAGAUCUCAUUAGCAAAAGUGCAAAAGAUCUUCCAGUCUCCAUUUACAGAUUUUCAAUUGCAAUGGCAGCUUUAAAAGAACCUUUAGAAGGAUGGGUGGAUGCAAAUCAAGCAUUAAAUCAAACUUUCAUUGGAAUAGGUUUAGGUAUUAUUCGAGUGAUGAGUGCAAAAAAAAACACAAAUAUGGAAACUGUACCGAUUGAUUUCGCUUGUUCUUGUUUAAUUGCUUCUGCAUGGGAAACAUCAAAUGUUAAAAAUAAUAAAGAAAAAAAUUUGCAAGUUUAUAACUACGUUUCCGGUACAGACAACCCAGUAACUUGGAACUAUUUAAGAGACUACUUUUGCACUCAACGAUACAAUUUAGCAAUAAACAAAGCAGUCUACCAUCCUGAAGUUAUGAUAUUUGAAUCUAUUCAUUUAUUUAUUUUUUUUCACUACAUAUUUCAUUUCCUUCCAGCUGUUAUAGGAGAUAUAAUUUUAAGAAUAUUAGGUCGAAAACCAAUGUUAUACAAAAUUUUUAAGAAAGGAACUAAACUGGCAUUAGUCAUAAGAUUCUUUUCUAACCGGGAAUGGAAAUUUGACACAGACAAUGUUAAAUUAUUGUGGGGAAAACUUUCUGUAAAUGAUAAGAAAUUAUUCAAUUUUGAUAUCACAUCUUUUACUUGGGAUAAGAUGAUUAGCACACACUGUAAUGGAACUAAAAAGUACGUUUUGGGAUUGGAAUUAAAUGAAAAAGAAAGAGAAUUAGGUGAACGUAAACUAAGAAGAUUAUUCUAUAUUCAUCAAGUAGUUCGAGGAAUAUUCUAUUCUACUGUCUUGUGGAUUCUUUGGAAAAUUUAUAAUCUAUUAUUUAAUAGAUUGUAACAAUCUGAAGCAAUUUUUGUUUCUGUAAAUUUAUACAAAAUAUACAGACUCUAUUAUCCUAAUAUAUUAUAGAUAUACAAUAACGCACUCAUUUAGAAUACUACGAAUGUGCAUAUUUCAAAAAAUAGCACUGUUCCUGCAUGUUUCUGCCAUCUGACGGCGGCAUGACGUAAUAAACCUGUCAUUAUAUUACAUUCCGUUUUGCAAUCGCGUUUUUGUAUGGAUUCGCACAAUCUUUCGAAUUUAGGAAAUUUAUAAGAUAAGGAUCCUUACAGUUUUUGUGUCCGUGUUAUAUUAUUAUUAAUAUUUCUAUAUCUAGAUAAAAUUAAUGAUAUGAAAAAAAGGUGGGUAAAAAGUUGCAAAGAUAGAGGAUAAAGUAAAUAGUAAAAUAUUUAAAAUAGUAAAAGUAAUAUUUUAGUAACAUUUUUAUCCAUCACAAAUUUAUCCUUUACCCUGUAUCUUAACGACUUUUAUCAUCUAUCUUUACAACUUUUUACCCACCUUUUUUUCUGUGAUAAACAUUCUAUUUUUUUUAAAUGCUACCCAAAAAAAUGUACUAAUAAAUCUUUAGUUACCACUAAAGUAUAAAGACCACUGUACACAUUGAUAUCCAUUGUUUAGAUGUUCUUUAACAUUUGCUUUGCUCUCUUGGGGGAUAUGCCACACAAAUUUUUUCCUAAAAUUGAAACAUCUCUUAUUUGUAUGACAAUAAAAAAUUAAAUAAAUUCAAAAAAUUUAAUUAAAAUUAAAAUAA